GCCCCCCCCUAUAUCGCUGCCCCUGCAGGAUCUGUUCGCCGCCCGUGCUUCCCUCGUCCCCUCCGCCGCCACGGCCGGAGCCCGCCUCGGGCUCUCCCUGGGCCGGGGCGCGCCCCCGACGGAGGGGCCCCCCUCGACCUCCACCUCGCGCGCCUCCUCUCGGGCGGCAGCUGCCGCGCGGCGGCCUCGGCGGUCGUUGCUGCCGCGCAGCCGAGCGGCGGGGCUGCCCGGUGCCUUCCGGCCCUCCCUGCCCAAAGGCCGGUGCCGCCGCGGGCGUGCGGGCCGCGGGGGCCGCCGCGGCGGCGCCGCGCUCGGAGGUGGAGGCGCGCAGGGCGGCGCUGGAGGCGCAGCUGGCGGAGCUGGAGCGCGAGCUGGGCGCGGAGCGCAGCGGCGCGGAGGCGCUCGGCGGGCAGAUCGCGGCCGCGCAGGCGGAGAUGCAGGCGGCAGUGGACGAGCACGGCGCCCUGUCGCGGCAGGUGGCCGAGGCGCGGCGGCGCGCCGCGGAGCUGCAGCGGGAGGCGGAGCGCCUGCAGGCGGCGCUGCGCGCGGCGGGCGCGGGCGCGGAGGCGGCGGAGGCCUCGGCGGAGGAGGCGGCGGCGCCCGCGGGCAGGCCGCCCGCGGGCGAGGGCGGCGCGGAGGCCGCGGCGCCGCGGGAGCGGUCGGAGGCGGAGGAGGCGGCGGCGAGGGCGCGGCUGCCGAUGCACAGGGCGUGGCUGCUGCGGCUGGACGCGGAGGGGCGGGAGCUGCGGCGCAGGGGCGCGGCCUCGGGGGCGCGGCCCUGA